CAUGGCAACUUCUGUUUUAUCUUUUCACUCUGUGGUUGGGUGUGUGUGUGUGUACGCGCGCACAUUCCUGAUUGUGUGGAAAAACAAUGACAAGGGCCUCGGUGAGGACGAUGAAGUCUUUUCUUUUGUAUAUUCUGAAGUGUGCCAUCUUCUGUCUGCAGACUAGAAAAUAUGCAAUUUGAAGGCAGUGACACAAGUUUAAAUCUUCUUGUUCCGAAUUCCUUUUCCUCUGUGAGUGAAAAGAUCUUGAUGCCAUUCGGACCUGAUACUGAUGGAGAAAGUGCUUCAUGACCCACAUGACAAGGGCCUCCCCUUGUGUCUGGUGUGUAAAACAGCAGGAGCGUUACAGAAACAAGCCACACACUGCAGUCAAAGCAACAAAUUCCAUAAUAUCACAGUGUUUGAUACAAAAUAAUAAUAUUUUUUAAUAUAAGUAGUUAUUAGCUGCCUUCUGACUCCUGCAGAUGACUUUUCUGUUUGUCUAAAUGCUAAACCGAUAAUCUGAGAUAAGGUUCCAGACAAAUAUUAGGCUUUAGAGUUUUGCUUCUUUGUAGAUUGUUCAUGAGAACAUUACAUAGAUUGAAAGUUAGAAGACUGUGCAGCCACCAAUAAAAAUACAACUUUGAUUUACAUAAAUACAGGUUAAUUAAAAUAAAACAUAAUCCUCUUGAAUAAUUAUUUUCAUUAAUAUGUGUUAAAAUGAAGACACAAUAUUCUUAAAAAGCAUCUUUUGGCCCUUUAAGAUGUCUUGACACACACACACACACACACACACACACACACACCCACACACACCCAUGCGCACGCGCGCACGCACACCAGGAAGUACAUACUUACUUUCAUUUUUCUUCACAGCAGUCGACAUUUUGUCUCUCGCAAAAAUGAAUCUUCAAUUUGUCCUGAUUUUUUUAAUUUUCAUAACAUCAUGGUUAAAAGAAACAUCUGGUGAGUGAUUAAACUUUGUGACAUAUAAAUAUUAACAGUUUUUCAUUCAUUAAAGGGAAAGACUAAUGGAAUGUUCUACUUCCUGUAUUUGUUGCGCAGUUCUUUUAUCAAACAGUUUCAAUUUGAUGUCAACAUAUUUAAUGAUCAUAAACUUUUUUUUUACAGGYUGUGAAUUGAUUAACAUAACUUGCAGUGAGAUACGUGAAGCUUCUGGAUUUAACUUCACUUAUGGGUGUCCUUUGCAAAGUUUUCUGGAAGUCGAAGACAGUAAUAAGACAUCGAUUGCCAGUUAUGGUUCUGCCAACAACACGUCUGACACUUUACCUGAAGUCGUGACAAUAAACGAAAAUUCAAUCGUCACGAAAAGCUGCAGAGAUCUCAAAGUAAAAUGCUUCAUUUAUGAAAAUUUUCUUGAGGAGAAGUCUGUGUGUUUCAAAGUGAUUGAUCAUCUUAUUCCAAGCUCGGAGCCCAAACCAGAGAAUUAUGAUUCAAGCUCGGACCCCAAACGGAAAGACAUUUUUAUCAUCGGUGCUAUUAUUGUUAUUGGCGUUUCCUUUGCAGCUUUGGUUGGCUGGUUUGUUUGUUGGAAGAAGAAACAAAAAAAACAGCAGAAAUCUGAAGCAGUUGCAGCAUUUUUUAAAUAUGUUGCGACCUGCUCCUGUUUCCCGAAGGCGGAUUCUCCAGAAGCCAGGACCCAAACUGGAAGUGGAUUCCAACUGGUCACAACAAGAGAGGUAGAAAAUCAAGUCAGGAAUGGAAGCAUUUUCAGUCAAAGUGCUGAAAAUGAUCCUUUGGAAAUCGUUAGCAGUGGAGACACAAAAGCUCCCGACAUCACCAGUCACUCCCACCACAGGCCUAUGAACAGGAAUUUAAGGGAUGAUCCAGGAGGGGAAAAUGGCACUGAAACUAGAAACCUCAUCAGGGAGGGGGACAGUGGACAGACUGCAAGGAAGGAAAACACUGAAGACAGCGUGACUGAAAGACAACAACUGCUCUCGGAUCGGCGAGCUGUCGACACAGGUUUGGACAUGACAGGUGGAGCUGAAGCUUUGGUGAACAAGGCUGGCUUUGACCACGUGAGCAGGUGCUCUGGUGCACUGAUAAUCGACGUGGAGUCAGAAAACAAAGAAGAACCAAAGUGA